UAGUACUAGUACAAAGUAGCUCACAGUCAAAUUACUAAGUCCACGUAGCUCAAAAAUUGUACUGAAGUUCAUUAUUUGAUUACAUGUAGAAAGUUUACACACUGCUAACGGGGGUUCAAAGAUGCCAGGUACAUAAAGAUUGUGAGCUCUGAAGAUGAAAUGUGAUACUACAGUAUUUUGUGCAUAACAAGAGUCCCUUUCAUUAGUCUGAGAGUUGCUAAGGCUUGUGUUGUGGUUACAGGUUGGUUGUUCUAACUUAAUGGCAGAGCUCCAACUUUUACCAUCAGUUCCAUGUUCUCUCUUCUGAUAAGGACAUUUUCUGUUGGAUGAAGGCCUCGAAAAAGACAAAAUCACUCAGCAGCCCUGCAGCUAUAAAGCUACAGAAAGAUGGAUACAACCUGCCAUCCCAUGAUGCCUUGGCAAAGAUCCUACCAAAGACUGAGCUACAGGAAGCAGCCCAACAACAGCAGGAGACACCUGCUGAGAGGCCAGUGGCUCCACAGGCCGACAAACCCAACAUAAACCACACCUAUCAAGUACAUCAUCCACAUAAACGACCCCCUCUGCACGACUUUGAGGAUGAUCCCAACAUGGCCGAGAUCACCAACCUCCAAACUAAGGAGGUGGAAAACUAUCGUUCAGCCAUGAGCAAGAUGGCAGAAGACAUCAUAUUGCUGAGGACACAGUUGGUGACGUUGGAGGCAGAAAACAGUCAGCUCCGCAGUGAUCUGUCUCUACAGCAGGACCUUGGCAGAGAUCUGCUGGAUGACACAGACAUCGACGUCAUGACCAAGGCUGAGAUUGCUGACCGUAUAGCUUCUCUGAAAUUCAAGCUGGCCAGUGAGACCAGUAAGGCUGCCUCUGAAAGAGACAGGAUCCAACAGCUGCAGAAUGACCUGAUCAAGAAGAAUGACAGUGAGAAGGAGCUACUGAAACUUCAGAGAGUUUACCAGCAGCAACAGGAGGAUGUGCAGCACCAGCAGAGUAACUUGGCAAAGAUGGCAACUUUGGAGGCCACAGUGAAACAGCAGGAAAAGGUCAUUGAGAAGAUGGAGAAAGCAUUAGAUAGCAAACUCAGAGAGAAGAAUAAACAGAGUGGUGACAAAAGGGUGGUGGUGAAAAAGCAAAGAGGUGAGACUGACCACAGAAGAGAGGAGAUGGAGUCGGCCCUGGUAGCAGAAAACACUCGUCUCAGAGGAGAGCUGGACAGGGUUCGCCAGCAGCCUGCUGCAGUCAUUAUACAGCAGUCAGCGCAGACAAAAGAAGCACUGCCAGACAAGGAGAGACUGAGUUUACUAAAUAAACUGGAGAGGGCCCAGGCAAGAGUCCAAACACUGGAGGCUCAGCUGGAGGAGAACUCUAAAUUAUGGGGCAGACAGAAACAAGAAAUGUUGACCAAACUGAGUGAGCACAGGCAUGGCUUUGUCCGGACGUCCACCACCAUCCUUCAUAAUGUUCCUCCGAAAUCUGUAUCAUUAUAUCAGCAAAGCAAACAGAGGAAGCAGAAGCCUGUAACAUGACCUGCAAGUGAACUAUUUAACUGUUUACCCAGACUUAACACACUUUACUUUCUUUGAUUUAAUGUUGCAAAUAAGAGAUUUUCAUUGAAUGAAUAUAUU